UACCUCCCAUUCACCUGAUUCUUCUGUCUUUUUCAAGUCCUGACGCAUCAGUUUUAUAGUUUUAUCUUCCUCGCUCUUUUACUCUUUCCUUUCUUCGCAGCUCAGCAUGCAGGAAAAAGAACCCUCCCCACACGGAUUCUUGCCUAGGUUCCAGCAUUUCGCCACGCAGGCCAUCCACGUGGGCCAAGAACCGGAGCAAUGGACCUCCCAGGCUGUAGUGCCCCCCAUCUCGCUGUCCACCACGUUCAAGCAAGGGGCUCCUGGCCAGCACUCGGGUUUUGAGUAUAGCCGUUCUGGAAAUCCCACCCGGAAUUGCUUGGAAAAAGCAGUGGCGGCACUGGAUGGGGCUAAGUACAGUUUGGCUUUUGCUUCAGGUUUAGCAGCCACUGUGACCAUUACCCAUCUCUUAAAAGCAGGAGACCAAAUUAUUUGUAUGGAUGAUGUGUAUGGAGGUACAAACAGGUACUUCAGGCAGGUGGCAACUGAAUUUGGAUUAAAGAUUUCUUUUGUUGAUUGUUCCAAAACCAAAUUGCUAGAGGCAGCUAUUACACCAGAAACCAAGCUUGUUUGGAUUGAAACCCCCACAAACCCUAGCUUGAAGAUGAUUGACAUUGAAGCUUGUGCACAUACGGUCCAUAAACAUGGAGACAUCAUUUUGGUUGUGGAUAACACUUUUAUGUCAGCAUAUUUCCAGCGGCCUUUGUCUCUGGGAGCUGAUAUUUGUAUGUAUUCAGCAACAAAAUACAUGAAUGGCCACAGUGAUGUUGUAAUGGGCUUAGUGUCGCUCAAUUCUGAGAGCCUUCAUAAUAGGCUCCGUUUCUUGCAAAACUCUCUUGGAGCAGUUCCAUCUCCUAUUGACUGUUACCUCUGCAAUCGAGGUCUGAAGACUCUACAAAUCCGCAUGGAAAAGCAUUUUGAAAAUGGAAUGGCAGUUGCUCAGUUUUUGGAGUCGAAUCCUCAGGUGGAAAAGGUUAUUUAUCCUGGGCUGCCUUCUCAUCCUCAAUAUGAGCUGGCCAAGCGUCAGUGCACAGGUUGCCCCGGGAUGAUCACCUUUUAUAUCAAGGGCUCUCUUCAACAUGCUGAAACUUUCCUCAAGAAUCUAAAGUUAUUUACUCUGGCUGAGAGCUUGGGAGGAUACGAAAGUCUUGCUGAGCUUCCGGCAAUCAUGACCCACGCAUCAGUGCCUAAGAGCGACAGAGAAGUCCUUGGCAUUAGUGACACGCUUAUUCGACUCUCAGUGGGCCUAGAGGAUAAACAAGACUUACUGGAUGACCUAGAUCAAGCUUUGAAGGCAGCUCACUCUCCAAAUGCAAGUUCCAACUAGCAUCCCAGAACUGCUAUUGGUGACUGCUUCCUGAGACGAUCAAAUCUGAAUAAUUGAAUGGACCAUUAAUGAGCCUCCACAGAAUUUUCAAAUGAAAAUUUUAAGGCACCUCAUUACCUUUCACAGCUGUAAUCUUCCUGGGAUCGUCCCUGUUAAAAAAUUUCCUCUUCCCCUUAUUGUAACUGACAGGUCAAUUCUGUUCAGAUCUUUUUAUUAAUUUUGAUAUACAUGUGCCUCUGAAGGAGGUGAGAUUUGUGAUGCUA